AUGGCUACAGAAGUUCUUACACACGACAAUCAAACAGAAGUGCUUGAAAUUGCGCUCAUUGACCGCGCGGAACGGCACAAUGGCGCCGAUGCGACGCCGCAGCACGGUGCAUUGUCGAUUUUGACCCUGUAUAUGAGCGAUUUUACGCAGUGCUCGCUAGGAUUUAAGCAGGAUGCGCUUCUUUUGCGCACGAUGGAGCAGCUGAAAGAGGCUGCGAGCAUUGAUUCCGUGCGCCAGUUGGCCGCAUUUGCAGCGCCGCGCACAAAACCGAGCCCUGGCUGGGCGCUGUACGAUCCUGUCGCUGAAUUUAAGCGCCAAGGCGUGGGCGCACGCACCAAGGCGUGGCGAUUUACCGACGUGAAUGCCGAUUACACGCUGUGCGCAACAUACCCCCAACGCUUGGUUGUCCCUGCACGGGUCAACGACGAGAUGCUGGUGAAUGCUGCCAAGUACCGAAGCAAAGGGCGCAUCCCCGUGCUGUCAUACCUGCACUGGGCUGGGCACGGCACGAUCACGCGGUCGAGCCAGCCCAUGGUCGGACUGAAGCAGAAUCGCAGCGCACACGACGAAAUGCUGGUCAACGCCAUUUUCGCGACGCCUCUUGAGGGAGAGCAGGAAGAGAAUGCGUACGGUGCGACCUCGACAAAUCUCAUUAUUGACGCACGGCCUGCAACCAAUGCAAUGGCAAAUAUGGCAAAAGGUGCAGGGACCGAGAUGAUGGAGUACUAUCCCCGCAGCAAAAAACAGUACCUCGGCAUCGACAAUAUCCAUGCCAUGCGCGAUUCUCUGCGCCGUGUGCACCGUGCACUGCGUGGAACAGAUCCCAAUCCAGGGUUUGCAGGAGAUGCUGUUGCGUUGGCCUCUGCAGACCAAGUCGCAUUGCGCAGCUCGCGCUGGCUCAAGCACAUUGCCAUCAUCCUCGACGGCACCUGUGUGAUUGUGCGCAAUGUGCAUGUGAAUAACUCACACGUGCUUGUGCACUGUUCCGACGGCUGGGACCGUACUUCGCAGCUGACGUCGCUCGCUUCGCUUUGCCUUGAUCCAUACUACCGCACAUUGGACGGGUUUGCGGUGCUCAUCGAAAAAGAAUGGGUCAGCUUUGGCCACCGGUUUCAGGAGCGCAAUGGCUUGGUUGGUCUUGGUGCGCAGAAGUUCAGUAUGGCGCCGCCACAGCGAGAGAUGCUUGUAGACACGGAGUCGAUGCUGCUCGAGGAGGCGCCACACCCUGCGGCGCCGCAAGCGUCAUUUUGGGACUUUACCAAGCACUUUACCGCGCCUUUCCAAGUUACCGCUACGUCAGAGUGUGCGCCCAUUUUUCACCAGUUCCUCGACGCCGUCGCACAGCUCCUAGCUCAAUUUCCUGCUCGAUUUGCAUUCAAUGGAAAGCUCCUCGCCAUGUUGCUGCGCGAGGCGUAUGCAGGGCGCACCGGCACGUUUCUGUACAACUCAGACAAGGAACGAAGAGAAAAAAAUGGCGCACUUUCGCCCCUGGAAGCAACGGAAAGCGUCUGGGAUGCGGUGCUGUCAAACAGGGACGCGUUUAUGAACCCUAUGUACGAUGCAAGCCUCGACAACCAUGCUACACGCGGCGAUAUGGGCGUGCUAUUACCAGAUACCCGUGCAGUGCAUUUCUCUGUGGACCUUUUCCAAAAACCGUACCACGAACUGAACGCAUUGCUGGAUACCGAGCGCAGCGAGCAGCGCAAACUGCAGGAUAGAAUUGCUGCACGCGUCCACGAUCCUGCGCGUCCUGCCACGCACAAACAGGAAACCAACUUGGACGAAUCGAUUCAGGUAGCCGCGACCAAAAUGCGCUCUCUCUUUUCCGACGGCUGGGAAAAGUUUCAAGGCGCGAUGCGCAGCACGAGCUUGGAAGAGCCUCCGCCAGUGCAGGAUUUCGUAGAACGCACGAGCCCGCCACGCAUGCCGAGCCCGCCACCGAUUCCUUUGGAUCCACGCUCCACGUUGGCACCGCAGAUGCUUCCACCUCCCAGCGCUGUGGCCGCGCCGCGUCCCUCGCCAAAAAAAGCCCCCCCCGCGCACCAAGAUCCUCUUGGCGCGUGGCAGCUGUAG